AUGCAAAGUACAGCAAGUCUGGGCGCGAACAUACUACCAUCGACUGCGCUCUUACGCACAGUCGUUCCUCGCAAUGCCGAGAAUGUUCUCCCCGAGCUGCUCAAGGACGAAGCUAUUAGGGCCUGGAUCAGAAUUCAAGGGAGCAUGAAGCUGUAUCUCAUCACUGGCAUCAAGCUCUUCGUGGACGCUCACGUCUCCACCGGGGAGGGUUCGGAUAUGGAUGCGCGCGUCGCCGCUACCUUUCCGUCACGGAAAUAG